GCAAAAUCCUGAACACACAUACACACCCAUAAGACAAAGUAUAGGGACCAUUCAUAAUAAUAUAGACUCACCACAGAAUAUCUGACUCUGUUUAUUUGACUAUGCCGCCCAAAACCUUCCCCUUUAAAUUGUCUUCUCACCUUCCGUUUCCAUAACCUCUUCCACACCUCUCCUUCUAAGACCCUCACGAAGAACAUACACAAUCUCUCUCUCUCUCUCUCUCUCUCUCUCUCUCUCUCUGCAUGAGCGUGUGAGACAAAAUGGAGUCACCACCUUCUGCCUUUCUCCAAAAAAAAAAAAACAUAUUCCUCAGAUUUUUUAUGAUCUUGUUCUUGUGCUCUAUACCUGAGAACACAUACCUUUGUUCUAACCAAUCUUUUGCAAGCUCAAAUGUCCUAUCUUAUAAGAGUUCCUCCAACACCCCCUCACCACAAACACUAAAUCUAGAUGGUUACUUCAGCUUUGAUAAUAUUGAAUAUGCAGCUAAGGACUUUGGAAACAGAUACCAUUUCUUACCAUCAGCAGUUCUGUAUCCAAAAUCAGCGUCUGAUAUUGCUUCCAUGAUGAAAUAUAUUUUCAAUAUAGGUUCCAGUUCCGAGAUUACAGUUGCUGCCAGAGGCCAUGGUCACUCUCUGCAAGGUCAAGCACAAGCUCAUCAAGGUAUAGUGAUCAACAUGGAAUCGCUCCAGGGUCCGGAGAUGCGGAUUCAUAUGGGGGAGCCACUCCAUGUGGACGUGUCAGGUGGUGAGUUGUGGAUAAAUGUUCUGCAUGAAACUCUGAAAUAUGGGCUUGCACCAAAAUCUUGGACAGACUACCUACAUCUCACAGUUGGGGGCACCUUAUCAAAUGCUGGAAUAAGUGGACAGGCAUUCCAACAUGGACCCCAGAUCAACAAUGUUUACCAGCUGGAGAUAGUCACAGGCAAGGGAGAAGUACUUACCUGCUCAGAGCAGCUGAACGCAGAUCUUUUUUAUGGUGCCCUUGGAGGACUGGGACAGUUUGGCAUAAUCACCCGGGCUAGGAUAUCUCUUGAACGAGCACCUAAGAGGGUGAGAUGGAUCAGAGUCUUGUACGCUGAGUUCUCCAAAUUCUCCAAUGACCAAGAGCAUUUAAUAGCAUCAGAGAAUUCUUUCGACUAUAUUGAAGGAUUUGUAAUAAUAAACAGAACCGGUCUCCUCAACAACUGGAGGUCUUCCUUUAAUCCCAAAGACCCACUACAGGCUAGCCAAUUCAUUUCAGAUGGUAGAACUCUUUACUGUCUGGAAAUUGCCAAGUACUUCAAUCCUGAAGAUUUUGAUAUAAUGAACCAGAAAACCGAGGACCUAUUGUCAGGACUAAGUUAUAUUCCAUCCACACUUUUCCUGUCAGAAGUUUCUUACGUGGAAUUCCUGGAUAGAGUACAUGUGUCUGAGAUGAAGCUCCGAGCAGAAGGUUUAUGGGAAGUUCCACACCCAUGGAUGAAUCUUCUAAUCCCAAAAAGCAACAUUUCUGCGUUCGCUAAAGAGGUCUUUGGCAACAUUCUUACAGAUAGUAGCAAUGGUCCUAUUCUCAUCUAUCCAGUUAACCAGUCCAAGUGGAACAAUAAAACAUCUUUAAUCACCCCAGAAGAAGAUAUAUUCUAUCUAGUGGGGUUUCUAUCUUCUGCAGUGCCAUCUUCCACAGGCAAAGAUAGCUUGCCACACAUCUUAGCCCGAAACAAAAGAAUUCUAGAUUUCUGCUCCAAGGCUAAUCUUGGAGUUAAGCAAUAUUUGCCUCAUUACAGCUCCCAAGAAGAAUGGCAAGCCCACUUUGGCCCUCAGUGGGAAGUUUUCGUACAGAGAAAAUCAACUUAUGAUCCUUUAGCAAUCCUAGCUCCUGGCCAAAGAAUCUUUAAAAGGCGAUAGCCUCUAAAUGAUGUCAGAUACUCAAGUAAGCCAUAAAAUACAAAAA